CGGGACUGACGUUGCGGGCCGGGGCUGCGGUUCAGGGGCGCGGCCGGCCCAGUCCCGUCUCGCCGCCGGGCCGCAGCCAUGGCCAUUUUCAGCGUGUACGUGGUGAACAAAGCCGGCGGCCUGAUUUACCAGCUGGACAGCUACGCGCCGCGGGCGGAGGCCGAGAAAACGUUCAGUUACCCGCUCGACCUGCUGCUCAAGCUCCACGACGAGCGAGUGCUCGUUGCCUUCGGCCAGCGCGACGGCAUCCGGGUGGGCCACGCGGUGCUGGCCAUCAACGGCAUGGACGUGAACGGCAAGUACACGGCCGACGGGAAGGAGGUGCUGGAGUACCUGGGCGACCCUGCGCACUACCCGGUGUCCAUUCGGUUCGGCCGGCCCCGCCUCACCUCCAAUGAGAAGCUCAUGUUGGCCUCCAUGUUCCACUCGCUGUUCGCAAUUGGCUCCCAGCUGUCGCCGGAACAGGGCAGUUCAGGCAUUGAGAUGCUGGAGACAGACACAUUCAAGCUGCACUGCUUCCAGACACUGACAGGGAUCAAGUUUGUGGUGCUGGCAGACCCUAGGCAAUCUGGAAUAGAUUCUCUGCUCCGGAAGAUUUAUGAGAUCUACUCAGACUUUGCUCUCAAGAAUCCAUUCUACUCCCUGGAAAUGCCCAUCAGGUGUGAGCUGUUUGACCAGAACCUGAAGUUAGCCCUGGAGGUGGCAGAGAAGGCUGGAACUUUUGGACCUGGGUCAUAGGCUGAACCUGCAGCAGUGCCCCCAACACACCCCUCUCUCCACCUUCCUAAAUUCUGAGAGGCCCUGUAGCAGGAGUCUUGCUGGUUCCACCCCAGUGGAAGUCCCAGCAGCCUUGUAGUACACUGGAAAUGGGGUGCUGAGCCUGGUGACGCGUACUGAUGCCUGAGCCGUAACACUCGCUCUUCCUGUUUCUGUCAUGGUCCUGCUGUCCAGUUCUGUACAGAUUAUUUAUGAAGGAGAGAGGCCCACGAACUCUGUAAUAAACAUUCCUUCCGUC